AUGUUUGCAAUUCUAAUUCGCGAUGAUGACUCAGAUUAUGCCAAUAGUUCACACUUCAUGACAUAUGAUGAAUUUCCCACUAUAACUAAACGAAAUGAAUGUCCAAAUAUUAAAGCAAAAUUAGAAAGAAAAACUUCAACAGAAGCGCAACAAAUUCAGGAACUUUUCUAUUCCAGACGUUCAAUAAAUUUUUCUUUAAUUUUUCUUGUAAAAGCUGUUUUGUGA